GAGUAGUAAAUAAAAUGACAUUUAAUUGCUCGUUAAAGUGUUACAGUAUCGGUGACGAUUUGAGUAGAUGUUAGUAUUGACGAGAUCAAAACAACAUAAAUCCAGGUAUUUCUGAGCCAGCUCUCCAGAACCGACUGAACAAGAAUACGGUAAGAACUCUUUACGAUGGACACACAAAAAUUACUCUCUUUAAUAAAAUUUGCUAUAAAAACGCUACAAUAAGAUUUUCUUGCACACACUGGCGUUUUAGGUAAAACGAAACAAUUUUUAUUUUCGUAAUUAUAGUUAAUAGUAAUGUCUGUACGAAUGUUUUAACCCCUAUUUCAGGUCGACUUCAAGAUGGAUAUAUCGUCACUGAAUUCGUCUUUUGUGAUUAAAGAAUGGGACAUUUCUAACCCAGCGGGUUUGGUGGGCGCUAUUCUGUUUUCCACCGCUGUGUCCUUCCUUCACGAAGCCGUGCGAGUAUUCCUGAAAGUCCAAGAGCUAAAGCUAGAAUACAGACGACAUAAAACCCCCGCACACAUCUGUCUGUCGGUUGCCUACGUUUUCUUGACCUUUCUGCGCUUCAGCCUCGUCCUGGCUGUGUUGUCUGGGAACCUCUGGGUCUGGAUAUCGCUGGGUUUGGGGACAGGGACAGGAUACUUCUUUCUGAGGCCCUGUCUUGACUGUACAACACCCAUGACAGCGGAUGAAUGUGACGUCAGUUGUGACGGGUGUGUUCGAUUGAAGUCCAGAGGUCGCUACACUGUGCAAAAGGCAGCUCUGAGAUCAAAAGAUGUCCAACAGGGUCAAGGUCGUUACUCCAAACGAACGAAUGAAUACAACAAUAACCACGAGGACAAACAGACGCAGCCGCUUCUCACAGCAACACAGAAUGCGGAAAAUCUCACAGCAACACAGAAUACAGAAAAGUCACAGGCAUUUCUCACAGCAGCACAGAAUACGGAAAAGUCACAGCAACUCCUCAAAGUAAAACGGAAUAGAGAAAGAUCACGACUUCUCACUGCAACACGGAUUGCAGAAAUGUCACAACAGCUUUUCACAGCAACACACAAUGCAGAAAAAUCUCAACCGCUUCUUACAGCACACAAUGCAGAGAGCUCACAGUCGGCUAUCGCAGCAACACACAAUGCAGAAAGUUCACAACCGUUUCUCACUGCAACACGGAAUAGAGAAACGUCAACACUAUGCCCAAAGGACGAGUAUACGACCUUCCUUCCGCACGCCCAGUCCUCCAUACAGAAUAUGAGCAACGAGGAACGCUGGGAAUACAUCCGUCAAACAUUCCAGAGACUGUCCCGAUCUCGUCUGGAAAGGUCUCACCGGCAGCGAGACCAAAGCUGUGUCUCCCCUGAUAGCUCCAGCAGCGUCACGCAGUCACACUGGGAUAGUUCGUUUGACGUCUCUACUGUGGACAUCGACGAUCUCCUAAACGAAGACACAUACAGGGUACAGGAAUCACUCUGAACCGUGGACUCUGUUUGUACUCUACAGGAAUCUCUCUACUGUGGAUUCUGACUAUUCAACAGGACACAGGAAUCACUCCAACUCUCUACUGUGAAUUCUGACUGUACUGUACAUGAAUCGGUUUAGCUCUAAACUGUAUGAAGUGUUGAAUUCUGAUUGUACUGUAGAUGAAUUGGUUGAGCUCUUCACCGUAUGAAGUGAUGAAUUGUACUGGAUAAUGAACCGUCAAUACUGUUCCAUAUUAAACUUGACUAUUGGUAUAUUUUGUUUUACUAAGUGAAAGACACAAAAUAUAAAUAAAGACUAACAUCGAAA